AUGGCUUCUGAGAGAGAACCUACAGCGGCGGGCGCUGAUACUUCUGCGCCUGCAGAGACGACAAAUGCUGCUGGUGAACAGAACGCGCCCGCUGCUGAUGCUGCCAGCAACGACGCCUCUUCCGACGACCAUGUUCGCGAUGAAAAGGUCGCUGCAGGCCCAACCAAAUGGCAAAAGGUGAAGGGUCAUUUCUGGCGAUACAAAUGGUGGUAUCUCUUACUUAUCGCUGUUCUUCUCGCCAUCUUACUGCCGCUACUCUUCACUGUCAUCAUUCCCGCAAUCAUCCAGGACAUUCUCAAUGACCAGAAACUACCCAUUUACGGCGGCGCUUUACAAGUUAUUUCUCCAUCCGAAGUAAACAUGAGUAUCGAGACGCAAUUAAAGACGCCAAUCGCUGCGACUCUCAAACCAGUGGAUCUCUUGCUCUAUAGCAAGGAAACGAAGCCCAUGUCCUCAUUCUUGAAGCUCAAAUUCCCCGAGGUUCACAUCAAGAGUCACACCAAUGUCACUGUCACCAACCAGACACUCCUGGUGACUAAUGAGACUGAACUGACAAAGUGGUUCAAUGUCUUCUUCGACAAACCUGAGGCCGAAUUGUCGCUGGAGGGAAAGCCUGAGAUUAGGCUUGGCUCUCUGAAGUAUCACCGCAGUCUGAAGAAGAGUGUUGACAUUGCUUCUCUCAACUACCUUGAUGGCUUUGCGCUCAAGAGCCUAGACUUUGAUCUCAACUCCAAUCGCACGACAAAGAGCAACAUGAAGGGAAUGCUGAACAUCCCCAACUCUGGAGUCCUCCGACUCGGACUUGGCAAUCUGACAUUCAACGUCAUGUCAGGCGAUAUUAGACUCGGUCUGAUCAAUCUCUGGGACUUGCAACUCUGGCCUGGUAAUAACUCUGUUCCUUUUGAUGGAAACUUCUACUUCGACCAGCUGGUUCCCAACCUCUCUGAGAUCCUCGAUAUGCAGAAAGGACCUCUUGGCAACGGCUACCUGGAGUUUAACGCGACAGGAAAUACUACCAUUGCCGGUGGUCAGCACAUCAAGUACAUCGAAGGAGUCUUAAAUAACAAGCAUAUCAGGUUCACCUUCCCGGUGAUCACUCUGCUGGGCGAUGUCCUUGGUGGCCUGCUGGAUGCCAACCAAGGCUCCCUUCUGGAUAUCUUUGGCACUUCGAUUGGAAACUCGACGUUGCUUGAACACGUACUGGGACAUUGGGAUAACAACGGUGAAGGAGGUUCUUCUUCUUCUAGUAAUAAUACUGCAAGGAGCCUGACGGAGAGGAGUAAGACCAGAGCACCAAAGGCCUGGAUGUGGAGCCUUCUUAAAUUGGGUCUAACGAGGAGAAGCUUAUGA